UUCAGCUUAGAACUGCGAACUCCGACUUGAAGCGAUCACCUGGAAACUGAGCAAAGACCUGUGGGUGGUCCUCCGACCCCACUUUAGAACAGACCUCACCACAGCCUCCUCCUCAUGAAGUUUCAGAGUAGAAAAGCGAGAGCUUUAGAGAGCUCAGGUCGACUCGUUUUACCGCUGCAUAGGUGGAGCAGAGCGAGCGUGGAACUAUCAACCAAAGAGAAGCAGACAGCAGCGCAGGUGUGUCGGAUGAAAGAAACAGGAAGCCAUUGGACAUUAUCCGGUGCAGCUCGGAUAAUACGUUCUUGUGAUGGAGUGGCGUGAGCAGUCUGCUGUCAGCAGUGAUGAAGCCUACAUGGAGGCGCAGAGGUGGAUAGAGGCUGUAACUAAGAAGAAAUUUGGGAGCAACGACUUCCGAUCAGCACUGGAGAAUGGCGUUCUGUUGUGUGAUCUGAUCAACAAGAUCAAGCCUGGUGUGAUCAGGAAGAUUAACAGGCUGCCCACUCCUAUCGCUGGACUGGACAACCUAAACGUCUUCCUCAAGGCCUGCGGGAAGCUCGGACUAAAGGAAGCACAGCUCUUUCACCCAGGAGAUCUUCAGGACUUAUCCACAAGAGUUACAGUCAAGGAUCAAGAGACCAACAGGAGGCUGAAAAAUGUGUUGAUCACCAUUUACUGGCUGGGUAGAAGAGCUCAGAGUGAACGCUUCUAUGAUGGACCUUACCUGAAUUUCAAGGCAUUUGAAGGAUUAUUGGGCACAGCGCUAUACAAGGCUCUGCACGAAUCACCAAAUCCGAAAGGCAGCAACGUCAGAGACAGCGGUUUCGGAGAUAGCUGGUACUCAGAGCGAGAGGAGCUCCAGCAACUAAGAGAAGAAGGAGGAGGAGGAGGAGGAGGUGGACACAGAAGAGACGACUCCUUGGACAGCUUGGACUCUUUGGGCUCCAGACCCCACAGCAUCUCUUCUGAGACCACUCUUAAAGGCGGCAGCGAGGGUUGUUGCAGUGACACCGAGGUGGACUCCGUUUUCAAGAUGACUGAGAACAAGGACCUCACUUACCGCCGGUCGGUAUCCAUCACACCAAAGGCCAGUGCACCGUUUAACCAGUUCCUACCCACUAAAGACAAACAGGCCGCUUACGUUCCUGCUCCGCUGAGGAAGAAACGAGCUGAACGCAACGAGGACAACCGGCGCAGCUGGGCCAACCCCUCAUACUCAGAGGAGGAGGGAACACUUACCAGACAGCCCCAAAUGCAAGAGAGUAUCGACGGGAGUAAAUCAACAAGUGAUAUCCAAAUCGAGUCGGCACCUAACCGGCAGGCUCGUUACGAAGAGCUGCAGAAGCAUCGUGAGAAGAUAAAGGACAGCGAUGAUAAGUGGCAGGAUGACCUGACUAAAUGGAAGAGCCGUCGCAGGAGCGUCAACUCUGACAUUGUGAAGAAGAAGGAGGAGAGGGAGAAGAUAGACCUGAUCACCCACAGCAACAGAAAGUCCAAGACCUUCAAGGAGAUGCAAGAGGACAGAGAAACCAAAGGAGACAGCGUCGGCAGCCGUUUCAGAUCUCUCUCUUACCUGGACGACGACGAGGACGUGUUUGAGAAACCUGUCACAUCCCCACGUACCCGAACCCUUCCUGCACGGGGCUUCACCAUUGACACUCCUUACCAUUCCUCUGAGCCUUCUCUGAAAGAAGAAGAACCUCCUGCUGCCUCCCCAGCUAUAGGCAGGGCUGCUUCACCUCCAACCUCAAAGGGAGUUGACAUUGUGGACAGUCCUGCAGGCAGAGACUUCACCACCACCACCAGCACCACUUCCAGCAUCACUCCCAGCUCUCUGCGCAGCUCCUGGUCUCCUGCAGCUGAACCUCCACAGAAGAAACCGGUCACAGAGUACAGCAGUACUUUCAAAACAAAGGAUACCACAACAGUUCUAACCUCUUCCAGCUCCUUGCCAAAAGUGCCCGAGCCAAGGCGCCCUUUGUUGGUCCCUCAAAGUGCGGUGGAGGCCCCUUCUUCUGGUUCUCUGUAUAAACAACAACCACAGAUCAGCUCAAUGGAACCCAAGCCUCCAGGGGUAUCUCGGGUUUCCGCCUCCCUCCCCAGGAGCUACCAGAGAUCGGAUAGCGCACGUAUAACCUCAGUUGUGACGCCAAGACCCUUUGGGACCAGCUCGUCCCGCCUCACCUCGCUUCCCCGACCAUAUACAACGGAGGAAUCCCAAAAGCGUGUUAACGGCGACGUGGACGCUUCCAAGAAGUCAUCAGUCCCAAGCCGCUAUCACCAGUUCAUGACCUCUGAGGACGACGCUCACUCCCAGUCCAGCUCGUCCCACAGCAGUGAAGGCGAGGAGGAAGAGGAGGAGGAGGAAGAAAGCAAGACAGCACCCAAGAGCAUCACCUCUACUCAGAGCGUGUCACCUGUUGCUCCUCAGGUCAAAAGUGUCACACCUGUCUUACCUCCAUUCAAGAGUGAGGCCCCCGUCAGUCCUGCUCCAGCCAAAGAAACCAGCCAGGAGAACUUCUGUGAGAUGCGGGUCAGCCUGAACCAGAAGCCAAACAGCAGCAGAGACUUUGGCUUCAAGGCAGCCUGGGACUCCACAGGAGCUCGAGUCACCUCCAUCCAGCCAGGCAGCUCGGCUGAGAUGUGCCAGCUUCAGGUGGGAGACGAGGUCUUGGCCGUGAACAAACACCAGGUGGCAGACAUGAGCUACAUGGACUGGAAGUCCUGCAUGGAGGAGGCUCUGCAGGAGGGCAGUCUGGUCAUGGAUAUACGCCGUCAUGGCAAGAACAGUUCCCCUGAUAACACUGUCAGCCCCAGCCUGGAUUUCACCUCUCUCAAUUCUCCGGAAAAGCUGUCAUCCAAAGAGGCACCUACCCACCAAGUCAUCGAUGUGGCUUCAAAUGGAGUUAAUGGAGGUUUCCGUGAGGAGUCGGUGACCAUAAGGAACAAAGAGUCAGAACCCAUAUCUUUGAAAAACUUAAAACGGAGGUCAGAGUUUUUUGAACAAGGAGGAUCAGAUUCUGUGAUGCCUGAUAUUCCUGUCCCUGCCAUCACUCCAUCUUCCAGUCGUUGGUCAUGGGAUCCAGAAGAGGAGCGUAGAAGACAAGAGAAAUGGCAGAAGGAGCAGGAGCGCCUCCUGCAGGAGAAAUACAAACGCGACCAUGAGAAACUGCAGGAGGAGUGGGAUAAGGCUCAGGAGGAGCUUUCCAACAGCAGAGACCAACACCAGCCCGGCAGCCUGGAGGUGAACACCCUCAGCCCACACUCUCCCGUCAGCUACGCAGUCUCUCCUCCGUGGGAAGAGGAAGAGAGAAAGAGGAAGGAGGAGCAGGAGCGCCAAAGGCAGGCGGAGGAGAGGAGAAAGAGGGAAGAGGAGGAGCGGGAGCUGCAGCGCCUGCAGGAGGAGAGGAAGAGGAAAGAGAGAGAGGCUGAAGAGGAGAGGAAGAGGAUGGAGAUAGAGGCAGAGGAGGAGAGGAAGAGGAGGGAGGAAGAGGAUCUGAGACAGCAGAGGAGGCAAGAGGAGGAAAGGGAGGAGCAGAGAAGGCGGCAGGAGGCUUGGGAGCAGCAGCAGAGGGAGAGGCAGAGGGCCUUCGAGCAGCAGCAGCAGCAGCAGCAGCAGCAGCAGCAGCAGCAGCAGCAGUGGACAAAAUCCAAGUCAACUCCCCAGCUUGAUGAGGAGGACAAACUGCAGAGGAGAGUGUCAGGUAGCGGAGGCCUAGACAGGAAGGGUCAGCAGUCCUCAUCGCAGGCUGAGGCAGAGCGGCAGCAGAUCCUGAAUGAGAUGAAGAAGAAGACUUCGCUGUUGACGGACAACAGCUGGAUCCGCCAGCGCGCCAAUGAGCCCCCCGCCAACAAAGACCCUGAUAUGCCACCUAUUCGCAGGGGUGAGUCUCUUGACAACCUGGACUCCUCCUAUAACUCCUGGCGCUCAUCAUGGACGCCAAGAAGCAGCUCAUCCAUCCCAAACUACACCCGCCCUCAAUCUGCCCUCUCCGGCAGCACUAACUCUUACCAGGGCUGGUCGGGGGCCCAGAGGCCGGUCUCAUCCACUUUGCCCUCCUCCUACUCCAUGGGCUCCCUGCGAGGCGGAGCAGUGACCCCCACAGCCCCUUGGUCCCGGCAGUCCACCUCCCCCUCUCUCUCCUCUCCGUCGCCCACCACUUCUCCAGAGCCCACGUCUGAGUUUGGCGCCCCUCAGCAGAGGAGCAGGUCAGUGAGUGGAAAGAAAAUCUGUACGUUCUGUGACAGCCCGCUGGGAAAGGGAGCAGCCAUGAUCAUCGAGUCCCUCGGGCUCUGUUAUCAUUUGGGCUGUUUUAAGUGCAUCGACUGUAAGUCUGACCUCGGGGGAACGGAGGCUGGGGCUGAAGUCAGAAUACGAAACAAACAGCUCUUCUGCAACUCCUGCUACAUGCGAUUCAAAACUGGGCAGCCCACCGCCAUGUGACAUGACCGUGCUCCAGCAGAUUGAUGAAGAAACUACUUGUGACAACAACCCAUGAACUUUAAAGUUGAACCAGUGAAGCCUCUGCAAGCAGCCGGGGUGCUUCAGUUUGGACCGUCUUCUAUUUUAAACUUGCAGAUGAGAAUUAUAUUUGUGCUUUAUUCAGUGUGUGAUUGAGAGGGUAAGCUUACAAAGACAAUAUCUACUUAUAUCAAAUUAAGUAUUACUGUUGUACAAAGUGUAAGGGUCCUGCAUGCGCCAGAGUUUUUUAAUGUUCUAGCCACAAAACUAGUUAACACAUGAAAUUGUCUUUAAGAUUUCUGAGGCAGAUUUUAGCAUAUGCAGAGAGAAUUUUCUGGAGGGUGAUCUCUUAUUCAUGCUUCUUUUUUCCCCUCUGUCUUGUGGAAUUAAUGCUUUUGUCAACCAAGGUCUUAUGUCUAUGUGCCUUUUUCGUUUGUAACAGGGAGAAGUUAUUUGAGAUUAUUAGAGCUUUCUAAAUAUAUUUAAAACUGCUUGGAUAGCACUUGUCUUGAGGUUUCAGGAGUAUUGUACACACGAGCAGGUUUCUGAGUGAAGAAUAUAUCGUCCUGAAUGGCAUUGAACAGCAAACAUUUGUAAAUAAAACAACUAAAUGCUUA